AUGGUUACCUGCCCACCUGUUGUAAACUGUCCAUCUUGUGUCAGCUGUCCGCCUGUUACCAACUGUCCGAGUGUUGCUACCAAUACCAUACAACCAGAUAAUUCAACCGAAAAAGGCGAAAUAAAGCCUCAAAAUGGAAGUAGUUUGCCUGGAGUACCGUCAACUUCAAAACCAUCUUCACCUGCAAAUGAUUGCUACAACGAGGAGACUAAAAAGGAUUCAAAGAAAACUUUGGUGAUUACUCUCGUUAUUGUUGGCUCUAUAAUAUUGUAA